GAUAGGUUUGGUAGGUAAGAAAGAAAUAAGAAAGGAAAAGCAUCUUGUGUUUGCUUCGAACCUUAAACAACCUCAGUCUUCGUCCCUCGGCACCGGUGGAACCACAGUCACUGCAAAGUGCAAUCUAUGGGUUGGCUUACUCGGUUCAUAACGGCCGUGGCUUUCUUAGCCAUAGGAGUGAUAUUCUCACCUGAUACAUUCGGAUCAAAAUCUAAAACCCUUUCCACCUACCUCAAACUGGCUCACAUCCUCUGCUUCUCCACCGCUUUCGGCUCCGCUCUAUGGGUCACCUUCAUCGGCGGCAUCAUUAUGUUCAAGAAUCUGCCGAGGCAUCAGUUCGGUAACCUGCAAAGCAAGAUGUUUCCCGCGUAUUUCUCAAUGGUGGGUGUGUGUUGCGCCACGUCAGUGGCUUGCUUUGGUUACCUUCACCCGUGGAAAACUUCAUCCACUGCUGAAAGAUACCAACUUGGCUUCUUGCUAUCUUCCUUUGCUUUCAAUCUUACUAACUUGUUUGUCUUUACGCCCAUGACCAUCGAGAUGAUGAAGCAAAGGCAUAAAGUGGAGAGAGAAAAUAGUAUUGGGGAAGAAGUUGGGUGGUCAAAAAAUGUGGAAGUUGCGAAGACAAACCCAAAGCUUGCAGCCAUGAAUAAGAAGUUUGGUAUGAUUCAUGGAUUAUCUUCGCUUGCCAAUAUCAUGUCGUUUGGAAGCCUUGCAAUACACUCUUGGUACUUGGCAGGUAAAAUUGAUCUCUGAUUCAGUUUCUGCUUCCCAUUUUUUUAGAGAUGGUUGAGCUCCUUCUGAAGAGUUAUAUUAAGUCAGGAUCCCAGUGUUCUCUAUAUCUUGCAUUUACUUUACCUAUUUUCUUGAGUAAAAGAAUUCUAGAAUGUUUAUGCUAUUUGUGAGAUGUACUACCGAAGUAUUACAGCUUAUUGGUUGACCAAGCGAGUCUGCCAUGGAAACAUAAUGUAAUCACCAUACUUCGCAUGAAUAAAAUAAGUAGUCUCUGUUCCCUAUUGUAGUUAAAGGUAA